UAUUCUUUGUCUCGAUGAAGCAGAUGCCAUGUGUGGAAGUAAUAACGACAACGAAGAUAACGGAUGCCGCAUGGAAAGUCUUCGAGUCAAUCGAGAAAUGACGUCUUCGUGGAAAUCAGAUUUUGGAUCGGCAAAAAUGCCUCUAAUAUCCU